AGAUACCAGCAGCUUGGCUCAUGCUGUUCAAUGUUCUGUUUCUAAUAAUAUUUAUACCUUUAAUGAACCAAGUCAUAUAUCCCUAUUUGGAUAAACAGGGUAUUAAAAUUGGCUUAUUAACACGAAUGGCAUUUGGUAUGGUUUGUGCUACACUUUCAAUGUUUAUAGCUGGAGGCAUUGAGAUUUGGCGUCUUGAUUUUAUUCAUAACAAACAUACUGUUAAUCAAACCAUAGAAAACACUUUAUAUGUUGCUGCUGACCUUUCAAUUUUUUGGCAAAUUCCUCAGUAUUCUUUAAUUGGCAUUAGUGAAGUGUUUACAAGUGUCAGUGGUAUGGAAUUUGCUUGCUCACAAGCACCUAGUACCAUGCAAAGUGCUGUUAUGGGUCUGUACUACUUCUGUGCAGGUAUUGGAAGUUUUAUUGGGGUUGCAGCCUGGGGAAUAUUUAAUAGAAUAAUCAAGCCACAUAUGCAUAGCAGUAAUAUUAAUUAUGUGGAACUUCAUUAUUAUUUCUUUGCUCUUGCUGUUAUUCAGCUUCUUACUCUGAUUGUAUUUUGUUUCAUUUCAAAGAAUUUAAAAAUUCGUAAACCACCAGCCCCAAAUAAUUCUACAACAUCUAGUUUUUUGAGUAGUGUAUCAAGAGGAAGAGUAUGAUGUAACUUUUCUCUUGAUCCGAAAAUCAGUGAUUGUAGAAAAUUGUAUUAUACAAAUGUGUAUUAUAUAUGUGAUCAGUGAUAUUUUUCUUUGUUAGCUAUUGUUAUAACAAAUAAAGCACAUGUUUUACAACUUUAUGAAA